AUUUAAGGUAGAGUAUGAUUCAGGUUUUCCUACAUUCGCCUCUGCCUGAAACAAAUAUUGUCUAAUUCUUUCUGUCUAAGAAAACCCAGGUUUUUCCGGCAAAGCAUGGCAACCGGAACGACGGCGGAUCUGAAGAGAGUCACAAUUCUGGUAUCCGGCCUAGACCCGGACGCCACCGAAUCAUCUUCCGACGAAACAGAUCAUGAAACGCAAACCAAUCGGCCCAAAAGCUCUGUUUUCGAAGGGUUUAUCCGCCGGACGGCCGCGCCGGAGAAUCCCUCGCCGUCACCUGUUAAACAAGCGCCAUUGACCGAGUCCAUGACGAGCCUUGUUUCGGAUCCGGGUACGGGUCAAUUGUCAAGAAAAUCGUGCCCUGGCGUCUGCAAGAGGAAGAAUGGGAAGUGGUGCGCGAGGAUUAAGAAUCCGUUUAACCGGCGGCGGAUAUGGCUGGGCACAUUCAAUUCCGAGGAGGCGGCCGCCGCCGCUUUCGCCUCCAAGAACAUGAAAUUCGAGUCAGCCAAAAAACGAAAGGAAGAGCAGAAGAAGAAGAGGAAGAUUCUGCCUUUGAAUAUCGAUGAUAAUGUCUCUCCGGGCACAUUCGGAACGGCAGAAGAAGCGUCCGAGGUAUCUCAGAAUCAGGAAUCUGUUGAUGUUCAGAUGAGCUCAGAUUCUUUGUCAAGUAAUUGGGACAUAAUUGGAGAAGAAGGGGAUGCAGAUAUGUGGAUGGGGAAGUGGGUCCCAAUGCCUGAUGGGAGAGAAGUCAUUUAUUCUGUGAAAUAUGGAGUCCCCAUAAUUGAUAACUAUGGGUAUCUGCUUGGUGAAUUUAGGAAAUUGGAUGAUGAUCUUUGGAUCUGCAACCCUGAAGAAGAGGAUGCUGCUAGUUGCUAUGUUUAGUCCUUUCCUUUUUGCUAUAUCUCUUGGGCAUGAAACGCCUUGUAAAAAUAGCAAAAUUCUUUGUCAAUAUAUUUGAUAUUUUUUAGGGAGUAUUUACAAAUUUUAAAAUAUUGUUUUUCAACUUCUGACUUAAAAAAUCUGAAA